AUGGCUCACGAUUUGUAUAAGCUCGAACCGAAGCAGCGGAGACCUGCUCUUUAUCACAGUGCCAGUGGUGCUAGUACUCCUAUUCCUCUACCAGACCAAUAUAAUCAGCCUGUUCAUAAACAUCCUGGUCUUGAUACCGAACAAUCAUCUACAGGAGUUAUUUGGACAACUGAACAGGCCACUCUUAAGGGGUUCCAACCAGAUGAUCCUACCCACAGUUGGAGUAACCUCGGACAGGGUGCUCCUGAGGUCGGUCAUAUUGAAGGCUGUAUGGAAAAACCCACGAGCAUUUCAGUCGAUGAAAGUACUCGUGAAUACGCCUCGACUGCUGGUCUCAAGUCAUUGCGUGAAGCAGUGGCCAAUCUCUAUAAUGAACAUUAUCGGAAAGGCUAUGAGAGCCAGUAUACGUUUGAGAAUGUGUGUAUUGUUCCCGGUGGACGUGCGGGUCUGAUCCGAAUUGCCGCUAUCCUGAGAGACUGUUAUUUGUCGUUCUUCUUCCCUGAUUACACGGCCUACUCGGAAAUGUUGGCUCUGUUCAAGAACUUUGCUCCUAUCCCGGUGCCAUUGGACGACAGUGACAACUAUGAGGUUCACCUCGACAUCAUCAAGAACGAACUCAAUCGUGGUGUCACUGCUAUGUUGACUUCGAACCCUAGAAAUCCCACUGGUCAGGCAAUGAAGGGCGAGGACCUCAGAAGACUCCAGGACAUGUGCCGAGCCCACUGUCUUCUUAUCAUGGACGAGUUCUACUCGAGAUAUGACUACAAUAAUGGCUGUGAUGUGAGUAUUUUGGGGAAGGUCGCAGUGCCUCCGGCGGCUGGGGCUUGGCCCCAGACCCCGUGGCUCCUCUCGCUGCGCUCGAGUCGAGUGCGUGGUGAGGCGGGCAGUGGUUGGUGUGUGUUACUAACGAGGGGUAUAGGGUUCUAG